CGGCAUCACAACCCGUUGAGAAUUUCAGUCCACUCCAACGCGUUUCUCUCUCUUUUCUCUCAGUUCCAAUUUUAAAAUUUCUCCUCUCAACGAUCCAACAAGCCUAUUGUUCGUCGAAGACUUCCACGCCUCCUCUCGCCGUCCCAUCUCAUUGCAGGCCUUCCAAAUUUGAAGUCUGCCUUUGCCGGCUCUUCGGCCUGCUCGUUCCGCCAUCUUCUUAAGUGUUUUCUUUGCCAAAUUAAAGGAAGCUCUUGGAAAAGGCGAAGGAUGGCCAAACCGUCGCCUUUUUUCCUUGUUCUCCUUGGAUUUGGAUUCUUUGUAGCCACCUAUAAUCUCGUCACUCUAGUAAUCCACAGCCAGAAUAAUGAUGGGGAGAUGGAACUUUCCCGGCGAUCUGAUUCCAUGAUUCAGAGACCCAAUGAGUUGAAGGAAUCUGAGGGCCAAAGAAGGCCAUUCCAUGUGGCACUCACAGCGACCGAUUCUCCUUACAGUAAGUGGCAGUGCCGGAUAAUGUACUACUGGUAUAAGAAGAUGAAGGAUUCAGAAGGUUCAGAGAUGGGAGGUUUCACAAGGGUGUUGCAUUCUGGGAGCCCAGAUGAUUUGAUGAAAGAGAUCCCUACUUUUGUGGUUGACCCCCUCCCAUCCGGUGUGGAUCAGGGUUAUAUCGUGUUAAACAGACCAUGGGCAUUUGUUCAGUGGCUCGGAAAGGCAAAGAUUAAGGAAGAUUACAUACUAAUGGCAGAACCAGAUCAUAUUUUUGUAAAACCAUUACCAAAUUUAUCUCGUGGAGAUCAACCGGCAGCAUUUCCAUUUUUCUACAUUAAACCAUCAAAGAACGAGAAAAUAAUAAGGAAGUUCUACCCUGAAGAGGAAGGUCCCGUGACAGAUGUUGACCCCAUUGGGAAUUCUCCUGUUAUCAUAAAGAAGUCCCAACUGGAACAAAUUGCUCCAACUUGGAUGAACAUCUCCUUGAAAAUGAAAGAAGAUCCAGAAUCUGACAAAGCUUUUGGAUGGGUGCUAGAAAUGUAUGCUUAUGCUAUUGCGAGUGCAUUACAUGGAGUACGGCACAUUCUUCAUAAAAAUUUCAUGAUACAGCCUCCUUGGGAUUUAAAGAUAGCAAAUACGUUUAUUAUCCAUUACACUUAUGGUUGUGACUAUACAUUGAAGGGUGAGCUGACUUAUGGAAAGAUUGGGGAAUGGCGCUUUGACAAGAGAUCAUUUCUUCGUGGUCCACCACCAAGAAACCUUUCCUUGCCUCCUCCUGGAGUUCCUGAAAGUGUGGUCACCCUUGUGAAAAUGGUGAAUGAGGCUACUGCUAACAUUCCUGGUUGGGAAGAGGGAAGGUAGACGAGCAUAGAGACUGCUAGGAGGGCAGAGAUACAUUGAUCAAUUGAUCAAGACUGGAGGAAAAAGAUAGAAUCUACAGACUUUUUUUUUCUGAUACAGGAACAGCUUUUUUGCUUUCUCAUUCUGAUAGUUUUUCUUUAGAAGACAGAAUCAUUCUUUUCAGAGGAUUUUUCUCUUUUAAUUUGAAUAAUUUUAUUGUGUUUUACUUGUAACAAAAUUGCAUAAUUUAUUUCCUGUUGUCCUUAA